AUGGCAGCCUCUACCUCACUUACUCUCUCCCAAGCCGCUCUCUCCCGCUCCGCCGUCCCCCGCCAUGGCUCUUCCACAACUGCCACCCAACAAUCCACUUCCUUGGCCACCCUCUCAAUACCCACUUUCUCUGGACUCAAAUCCACCUCCACUUCAUCCUCACGCGCCCCCACUCGCCGUCAGGUAUCCUCCACGCGCCGCCGUGUGAUUGCCAACGCAGCCGUAGAGACCCUUGAGAAGACGGAUACCGCGCUGGUGGAUAAGUCCGUCAACACCAUCAGAUUCUUGGCGAUUGAUGCUGUGGAGAAGGCGAAUUCGGGUCACCCUGGUCUUCCCCAUGGGUUGUGCUCCGAUGGGGAUCGCUUUGUUCUCUCCGCCGGACAUGGAUGUAUGCUCCAGUAUGCUCUGUUGCACCUUGCUGGCUACGACAGCGUCCUAGAAGAGGACUUGAAGCAAUUCCGUCAAUGGGGAAGCAGAACUCCAGGUCACCCUGAAAACUUUGAAACCCCUGGUAUUGAAGUCACCACUGGUCCUCUUGGUCAAGGUAUUGCCAAUGCUGUUGGUCUUGCUCUUGCUGAGAAGCAUUUAGCUGCCCGAUACAACAAACCCGAUGCUGAGAUCGUUGACCACUACACAUACUGUAUUCUUGGAGAUGGGUGUCAAAUGGAAGGGAUUGCAAAUGAAGCAUGUUCACUUGCUGGCCAUUGGGGUCUUGGAAAGCUGAUUGCUUUCUAUGAUGACAACCACAUCUCCAUUGAUGGUGACACAGAGAUUGCCUUCACUGAGAGUGUGGAUACACGUUUUGAGGCUCUUGGGUGGCAUAUUAUCUGGGUCAAGAAUGGUAACACUGGUUAUGAUGAGAUUCGUGCUGCCAUUAAAGAAGCUAAAGCUGUCACAGAUAAACCCACUUUGAUCAAGGUGACAACAACAAUUGGUUUUGGAUCACCAAACAAGGCGAAUUCAUACAGUGUCCAUGGAGCUGCUUUGGGUGCAAAAGAAGUUGAUGCAACCAGACAAAACCUCGGAUGGCCUUAUGAGCCAUUCCAUGUACCAGAAGAAGUGAAAAAGCACUGGAGCCGCCACACCCCUGAAGGUGCCGCCCUUGAAGCUGAAUGGAACACUAAAUUUGCAGAAUAUGAAAAGAAAUAUGCCGAAGAUGCAGCAGAAUUAAAGUCUAUUGCUGAAGGCGUAUUCCCUGCUGGAUGGGAAAAGGCUCUUCCGAUAUACACCCCGGAGACACCCGGCGACGCGACAAGAAACCUCUCACAAACAAUGCUAAACGCGUUAGCACCCGUCCUCCCGGGUCUCAUCGGUGGAAGUGCCGAUCUCGCAUCAUCAAACAUGACUCUAAUGAAAAUGUUUGGUGAUUUCCAAAAAAGCACCCCCGAAGAACGCAACGUCCGAUUCGGAGUCCGUGAACACGGAAUGGGAGCCAUUUGUAACGGAAUCGCCCUCCACAGCCCGGGAUUCGUCCCCUACUGUGCCACCUUCUUUGUCUUCACCGAUUACAUGAGAGGUGCAAUGAGAAUCUCCGCCCUCUCAGAAGCCGGAGUCAUCUAUGUCAUGACUCACGAUUCCAUCGGGCUAGGAGAAGACGGGCCCACCCAUCAACCCAUCGAACACUUGGCAAGUUUCCGUGCCAUGCCCAACAUCUUGAUGUUCCGCCCGGCCGACGGAAACGAGACCGCCGGAGCCUACAAGGUGGCGGUGGAGAGCCGGAAAAGACCGUCUAUCCUCGCGCUUUCCCGCCAAAAGCUGCCCAACCUGACCGGAACUUCGAUUGAAGGCGUCGCCAAAGGUGGGUACACGAUUACCGAUAAUUCCACGGGCAACAAGCCCGAUGUGAUCUUGAUUGGGACCGGGUCGGAGCUGGAGAUUGCAGCGAAAGCGGCGGAUGAACUUAGAAAGGAAGGGAAAGCGGUUCGGGUUGUUUCGUUUGUUUCAUGGGAGCUUUUUGAGGAACAGAGUGAGGAGUACAAGGAGAGUGUUCUUCCUUCUGGUGUAACGGCUCGUGUUAGCAUUGAGGCUGCAUCGACUUUUGGGUGGGCCAAGAUUGUUGGAAGCAAAGGGAAGGCGAUUGGGAUUGAUAAAUUUGGGGCAAGUGCACCGGCUCCAAAGAUCUAUAAGGAGUAUGGGAUUACUGCUGAAGCUGUCAUUGCAGCUGCUAAAGAAGUUUGUUAGGUUUUGAUGUCUUUGAUUCAUAAUGGUCUGGUCGGAUAAAUAAUAAAGGGUUGAACUGCUUUUUUUAGUCUUUGAUGCAUUUCAUCGAACACCUAAUGUGCGAACUGAACAAAGAUGAGAAGAGAAGAGUAGAAGUUGAAUGAAUUUGUGUACCAAAAUUGAAACGUAUUUCUACAAGUUUUGUGAAUUUAUAUGUUUGAUUAUCGAUGUGGUGUUCUUUCGAGUAAUGUACAAUUUUUAAACCGAAUAGCUAUAAGUUCGUAUAAAAACAAAAUCUUUAUUUCUUACUACAUAAAAUAUCAUUCCAAUUUUAUCGGAUGUCCGUGGAGGGACUCACUGCAUAAAAUAUAAGUUAUCAUACAAGUAUUGUUACGCUUUUUGGAACAUUUUGUGUUUUCUGUUGGCUAAGAUACAAGUCAUUAUCUUCUUAUUAAUGUAGUUUUUAUAGGACUUUUGAAACAUUCGGUUUUUGUAAUUUAUGUGGGCAUAAGUUUGGUUCCAUUUAAUUUUUUAGGAUGUUUUGUUGAUGAAUUUGAAUGGAUUGGAUGAUGGAUGAAUACAAACCAUAGAAGAUAAGAUAAGG